UUGGCUGUUAAAACAAGUGGGCAGUGACAAUAUAGACCAGUCUGUCUACAUGGCCCAGCAGAGUAACGGGAGUCUUAAACCUGUUCAUCGUCGUAUCGUAUAUAUCAUCUUUUGAUUCGUAAGAACCUCAAUCGCCAUCAUGGGAGACCUAUCAACAAUGUUUCCUGUCACAACCUCGUCAUCAGUGACAUCAUUCAACAUGACGUCAUCAAACACAUCAGUCUCCAACAUCACCGAGGAGGAGCGUAUGGAGUACCUGCGUCACCUUGACGCCGAGAAAUGGCCGUACAUCUACCCCGUCAUCGUCUACCUUCUCAUCCUCAUGGUCAUCGGCAUCAUCGGCAACAGCCUCGUUUUCGUUGUGUACCUCAAGAAUUUCAAGCCCAGCACCACCCGGCUGUUCAUCUUGACCCUAGCGGUGUUUGACCUCCUCACGUGCAGUUUGUCUAUCCCCGGGGUAAUCGUGGAGCUGAGAUUUCACUACACGUUUUUUUUCCCAGCUCUGUGUAAAAUAUUCCGGUUUAGCCGAAUGUACUUUGUGCUUGUCUCGAUGUUCACGCUCAUCAUAAUCGCUGUGGACAGGUACAGGAAAGUUUGUCGUCCGCUGCAGCGUCAAUACACUAUCAGAUCUGCCGGUCUAUCCAUACUCGUUGCUAACAUAGUGGCCGUCGCUUUGACUGUACUUGGAGCCGUGGUCGGUGGGAACCGAACAGUUCCGACUGACAGGGAGGACGUGUUUGGUGCUAACUGUUCCUAUGACGACAAAUACCUUGGGACUCCCAUCACAAAGUUUUACAGCGGGAUUCUGUUCUUACUGUUUAUUGUCUGCGUAGUCCUGCUAAUCGUUCUCUAUUCAUUGAUUGGUCGGCAAGUCUACAAGCACAGACAAUUCCAGUUCAAGCCCAACAAGGCUGCAGGUUCGUCAUCGGGAAAUCAGACCGAAACGGGAUCUACAGAAAUGCAAAAUGUCCCCACACCACCUCCUUCCAAACCAAAGAUUGUUGAAAAUGAUAUGUCGUCUGGGUACAUGUCUGGAGCAGACGACAAAGACCCAUCCAGCGCGGCAAGCGGAAUGGCAGAGAUUUCAUCCGACAAAAUGUCAGGGACAGACGAGAAAUCUCUACUCCAAAUUAACAAACAGAAGGCUCCAGUCAAACCAAAACCAAAACCCAAAUCAGAUUCCUCGAAAGAAAAAAAAUCAAACGGUGGGAAGAAGCAGUCAACAGGCAAAACGACCUUCACCUUGUUCAUCAUUACAGUCGUAUUCAUUGUGAGUUUCCUCCCUUUCCUUAUCCUGGUCGCUUUGUGGGGAUCAAACUGGAAGUUCGUGAACAGUCUCCAUGGUUAUGUGUUCACAGUGUUCAAGAUGUUGUUCCACUCAUACCACAUCAACAACGUCAUCAACUGCUACGUGUACGGCUUCUGCAACCCAAGAUUCAGAAAUGAGUUGAAACGACUUUUCUGUUCAAGAAAGGGUUCCAUGACUCUGAACUAACUGUCGUUUGGAAUUCUUAGUAGGACAAACUGACCAUCGGUGAAUAUUGAUAUGUUAGAUUAAUGAUCAGAAGUCCUUUCCAAUAACAUUCUCGACAUAAAGUUGAGAUAGUGAGGCUCGUUGAUUUGGUUAACUGCGUAUAGUCGGGAUCCGAUGGUAUGGAUAGAUGCUCAUGCUUUCCUUCACUGGUUUGCUUGGUCCAGACUAGAUCAUAGCCGUUGUAAUGUUAAACAACAUUCACUCACUCACACACUCACAUCGCUGCAGCACUGGACCUUGUCAUGUGGUUUGCUAAGUAUAACUAAGUCAUGUGCCGUACUUUGGAACCCAUAAUCUGCCCGGAAACUACCCGGGAUUUAUCUUGCUUGGAGAUGCUCACUUCAUCGCAAACACCCGGUGUUAUCAUUGUAACAUUUCAUUGCGAACACCGGAGUUAUCAUUGUAAAAUUGUAAACUUUACCUUUGCGAACACCCGGUGUUAUUUACCCUGCACUCCGAACACCCGGUGUUAUUGUAACGUAACGGCGUUUUCAGUGCAGAUUUCAAUGACGUUUAAUUCAUAUCACUUGUGUCAGUCAUAUUUGAAUAUAUUUUGUAUCAUCGCGAUUAAUACGUCUCGAUUAGGGUUUGUGAUUAAAGCAUGUUUACCUAAGAUUUGUAAUCAUGAUAACAUUUUAUCCUUUGUGUUCAAUCUGUGUUUUUCGUUCCGUUGUGUAUGAACUAUGUUUUACCAAAUUUGUUACUUUAUAUUUUGUUAUCGCCUGUUGAAUAAAUAAUGUGUAUCCUU